AUGACUAAAUCGUCUACUUUUCAUCAUCAGAAGGACAUCAUGUUAUCAAAAGUCGCUCCACCUCAAGAUGCCACGAAAUUUUCCACCUUGAAAAAGCCAGCUAAAGUUGCUACAGUACUUCAGCAACCUUCAUGCAGCCGUCAAACGCGCAAAGCAUUGGUGGAACCGUCUGCAAAUCAACGCUUCUCCUCAAUGACUCUUCCAACAGGCAUAGUACAGCCACAGGUUUCGGCUCUCCGUUAUCCUUUUUGUCGAAUUCAAUCGCCUCAAAUGAUUCGUCAAAAUUCAGUUCCGAAUUCUCCAUGCUGCCCGAGUGGACCUUUUCCACGGUUUGUCGGAAGAACUCAAAAUCCUCAACAAACCCAGCAGCACGCUUCUAUGGCACUUCCUUAUCCUACAACCACAAUUCCUACGACCACAUUAUCCUGUAUUGCAACCCCGAUGACUCAAAGACACGCGAAGUAUCUAGCAAAGCAGACCUUUACCUCCGAAGAAGUUCCUAAAACACCUUCAAGUUCCUCGUCGUCUAGAGACAGCGGAAUAAUGUCUCAGGACUCUUCAACCUCCUCUCAGUCCUUCAGUAACGAUGAUUUCAACACUAGUCAUCAGAUGAAUGGGGCUGGAUUUAGGACUCCUCAGUGCAUUGCGCGACGCGGAAAACACAUUGCCAAGAAGAUUGUUGUUGAAGCACCGUCAGUAAGAUACCGAGGAAGCGGAAGUAGUACAGGAGGUACAUUAAGUAGAUUCAGAGUGGCAAAGAGUGCCAAUGUUGGAAGCAGAAUUUUAUCGACGUCGACUAGCACAACAUCAUCUCCUGUGACUCCCCGAGCCAGCUGGACUUCUCCGUCUGCUGGAGGCGAAAGUAUUUCAAUGAAAGCGAGUAGUAGAGUAGGCCGUUCUACAAGUCUGUGCUCGGAGACCUUAGAAAAAGAAAAGAAAAGACGAAAUGUGCAGGGACGGCAGGAUCCCGCGUCCUUGGCGAUAACGGCAGCAAAAAUUUCUGGGAGGAUUCCAAGACCUACUAACCUUGCAGGAGAUGAAAAUCCACGGGGUGAAAACGAUGUGGUGGUAUUGUCCAAGAAGGUUCGUCAGAUCUUCAAGGUGGAUGAAAAGCCCACAAGGAACAGCUCCCUGCCAUCGGGGUAA